AUGCUUUUCAGAACCGCGCUACUUGUGGUCGCUCUGAAAGCUCUCCCAGCCUGGAGUCAUUCUUUGCUUUAUAACAUCAAUAUCGGAGGGAUAGACUACGGUGGUUGGUCAGACGAAACUAUUAAUACCCAACCGACUGUCGGUACUCCAAGGGCACUCAACUCUAUACAACGCCCUAUUCCCAACGAUUCGCCGAUCAGGUGGAAUGCCCCGAACAUCGCUACAGGUGAGACCCAGUCGUCAGCCCCCAAGACUGCUCCUGCCAACGCUGGAGAUGAGGUUGUCGUCACCUGGUGGAGAUGGUACGAUAUGCCGGACAACCAUCAAGGUUUGUCGAUUUUCAAGAUCUAUUUGCAAUGGCAGCCUGACCGAAUUUCCCACCCCGUAUACAUGGCAAAGUGUGCCGAUGACUGCAACGGAGAGGCUGGGGCUGACAUGGAGUGGUUCAAGACUCAUGAGUGGGGAUUUGAUGGGGCGGCCGGUCAAUGGCCAACUUUAGCGUUCGCCAGGACUGGAACGACUGACCCCACAGCUACCACUGAGACGAUCAAGCCGUCUAUGAGCUUUAAGCUUCCUACUAGCUUGCCAGGGGGCAGCUACCUCGUCCGCGUUAACAUCAUCGCUUUGCAUUCCAGUGCUGGCCCGGAAUACUACCCGAGAGCAUUCCAGAUCAAGCUAGCCAGUGCUGGCACCGAUUUGCCUUCUCCCACUGGCAAAUUCCCUGCCAUCUAUGCCGACACCUCCAGUCCAAGGAACAAGGAUGUGAGCUCGUUCGAGAUCUGGAACAAUGCCUGCGAUCCUCCCUCGUUGAUGUAUCAGAUCCCCGGACUCGACGUCAUUGCCGGAGGCGUGAGCGUGAAUGCCAACAAUGUCGCGCUUUGCCCUGCUGCUGAGGCCGGAGUAAAGGCCAGUGGCGACACUCCUGCGGGUGGAAACGCUCCAGCGGGUGGUCAAAACGCGACCGAUGCCUCUUCUGCUAGUGUCAGCCCUUCCGGCACCUCGGCCUCUGCCCGGCCAGUGGAUCCUACAGUCCCCGCAUUUGAAGGCAACGCCAAAAACAAUGACCCCUCGGCGACCUUGGACCCUGGUGCCAAGUUGCCCCAAACUUUAGCCAACUCCGAUGGGACAACCGCAGCUUCGUUCAAUACUGCGGCAGCGACAUCAAGAACUGCCGCUGAUGCUCCUGCAUUACCUACAGGACAAGGCGCUCCCGCCGCUUCUGCUAUUGGCGGGCUGGACGAACAAGCCUGGGAGACAUGCGGGAAGAUCCGGGUAAAUUUUGAGAGUUGCACUCAUAUGAGGUUCUAG